UUUUUUUUUUUUUUUUUUUUUUUUUGCUGAACUUGUAAAACUAUUGCUGAAUGAAAGGAAUUUCUCAGGACCUCACAGUGACUUCUGGGAUGCGAGCAGCAGCGUUUCUCAGCCCCUGUCUAUCUAUCGUAUGACAAGUGACCCAGCUGCACCGUAUCAGCGGGGAUAGAGAGAGGCUGCGACCUGCUGCUGUCUCAUUUUGGUUUCGGCGAGGCGCGACAGAUGGCGGGCUGCGGGGGCUUCUUCUUCUCUCUCCUCAACUACAAGACGGAGAAAUAUGUCAUUGCCGAAAACAGGAAAAUCGGGAUUUUGUUUCGGCUCUAUCAGCUGGCGGUGCUCGGAUACAUAAUCGGAUGGGUGUUUGUGAUGAAGAAAGGGUACCAAGAGAGGGAGGAGGCAAUCCAGACUUCAGUCAUCACCAAGCUUAAAGGCGUGUCUCUGACCAACACCUCAGAGACAGGACCGUACCUGUGGAGCGCAGAGGAUUACGUUAUACCUCCCAAUGGUGAGCAGGUGUUUUUUGUUGUAACGAAUUACAUAGAGACCCCGAAUCAGAGGCUGGGCUUCUGUGCUGAGAGUUUUAAGGUACCAGAUGGACGAUGUCAAAGCGACGACGACUGCCCUGAAGGGGAAAUUGUGGCAGGUGGACAUGGAAUAAAGACGGGCUUGUGUUUGAACAGCACAGGGACCUGUGAGAUUCACGCUUGGUGUCCCAUCGAAUACAGCCAGAAGCCAACAGAGCCAUUACUGAGCGAAGCAGAAAACUUCACCCUCUACAUCAAGAACUUCAUCCGGUUCCCCAAGUUUGAAUUCUCAAAGUCAAAUGUCCUUGAAACAUCUGAUGAGGGCUACCUAAAGGGAUGCUUCCAUGACACAGAGAACCAUCCCUACUGCCCCAUCUUCCGCCUCAGAGAUCUGGUCAGCAGAACCGGACAUGACUUCCAGGAGAUGGCUGUUCAGGGCGGCUCCAUCGGGAUUCUCAUCGAGUGGAACUGCGACCUGGAUAAGGACUCGUCCGAGUGUAAUCCACAGUACAGCUUCACCCGUUUGGACAUGAACUUAAACAACUCUAUUACAUCAGGAUACAACUUCAGACAUGCGAGAUAUUACAAAGAUCAAAAUGGUGAAACUUUUCGCACACUGUACAAAGUGUAUGGGAUUCGAUUUGACAUCAUGAUCAAUGGGAAGGCUGGGAAAUUCAACAUCGUUCCUACAAUAAUUGCGAUUGGCUCAGGUGUUGCCCUGAUGGGUAUCGGCGCCUUUGUAUGUGAUAUGAUACUUCUCUACCUGAUGAACACAAGCUCCUUCUACCGAGAGAGAAAAUUUGAAAUAAUCAACUUUAAAAAAGAGAAAAAUAAACAGAAGGACGAUAAAGCAAGCAGCCGGGAUAGGAGAUCCAGAAAAGCCGGCGUGGAUAAAGAUGCAGCCAACUCUAUCAGAAAACCGGAGGAAACUGAACUAACGGUGGAGACGUCUGCUCCUGAGGAGAGCCACGCGGAGAAACGGGGUCCCACCGUUCCACGCAACACGGGGCAGCGAUACUCGGCCGUCCAGUCCAAACAAGGCGCGGCGCCAAAGCAUCACAUCAGUUUCUCUUCGCACAACUAGCAUGGGGGGGCAACUGAAGACUACUGGACUGCAGACGUCUCUUUAACGCUGCGGAAGGUGGAUCCCAGUGUGAGACUGACGUCUGCCGAUGGCCCGGUCCCUGACUGAUGAUGUGUUGGAGGAGGGAAAUCUCAAAUGUUUUGCAGCAUGCACAAGGGACCAGGCAGUCAUAGGAGGAGGGUGAUCGUUAUGUUCAAUGAGUUAAACUAAAACUUUGUCAGAGUGGAAUGUUUAUCAAGACUUAGGCACUGACAAGAAUCGCUGAACACGCAGAUGUGGGGCAGACUAGUGAGGGCCGAGGGUUUGAAAAUGACUGCGUGAAUGGAGAUGGUACCAGAGGGCAGGAGUGGUGACAUUAAAGGACCCGUUUGUAAAGUUG